AUGGCUACUAAUUUUUGUUUUUAUUAUUGGUUUCACUCUUUGUCCGUUUUCCGUACUGCAGAACCACUGAUACCUAAACCAAGCUUAUCAUCUUCUGAUGGACUCUCGAUCAAAACAUCAUCUGAUGGUAGUUAUUCAAUCAGUAUCAAUAAUAUAACAUGGUUUAACAGUGCUCCUACAUUCUUCUUUACUGAUGGUCAUAAAUUUGUUAGUGGUAAAGAUCUGAAACUAACAACAACUACAUCUGAUGAAGGUAGUGAUGAAAUAGGUCGAUGGUCUAGUACUAAUUUUAACUAUCAAGCUGGUAAUGUGAAUAUUAUUACCUAUAUUAAGACGUACCAGUAUCCCAGGUUACCACUGAUUGUAUUUGGCCAGAAAUAUGUCAAUGGUGCCCAUAACACAUCAUCUGGUGAUGCGGAGGCAACCAUUUCCUCCUUUCCUGGGUUCACACUAGAUGGCACUAUUCCACCAAAUCUUGGUUGCUUGUCAUAUGGUGGUUUAAUGUUUGGUGAAACUGCAAGAAAAAUAGGAAGAUAUGAUUCAAGUGGAAAAAGUAUUAAUUUUGGUGUCGAGGGAGGACCUUACGCUGUUUAUGACAAUUCUGGUAAUGCUGUGGUAUUUUCACCAGCUAACAGAUUUAUGUCAACAUCAGUGUGGCACGAAUCAGUCAGUGAAACUAAUGGAGCUCUACACUGGGGUACCAUGGGGUUAGUAGAUGAAGUACCAGAAGAUUAUCAGAUGGAAACUGUGGUAUAUUAUAGUGAUCAAGGUAUUAAUAAGGCGUUUGAUGGAUGGGGUGAAUACUUACGAUAUCGACAUGGAAGACAUGACUCUUAUGUACUGAGUGAUUUAACAGUAAAUUAUUUAGGUUUCUGGACAGACAACGGGGCAUACUAUUAUGUUAUGACAGAGAAAAAUAAAACUUAUGAAGACACAAUAAUAGAUAUCAAGACUUAUAUUGACGAAAUCAAAGUUCCUUAUAGGUAUAUUCAGUAUGAUAAUUGGCGAUAUACUUGGGGAAUGUAUAACGGGGUAAAAGAUUGGGCUCCUAAACCAGAAGUAUUCCCUCAUGGAUCGCAAUAUGUAUACAACAAGACUGGAUUACCUAUUUUAGCACAGAACAAAUAUUGGGCACCAGAUACAGUGUAUGCUAAACAAAAUGGAGGUGAUUAUGAAUUUAUCGUCGAGAAAGAGAGAGCGCUACCAAUCGAACAGAGAUUCUGGGAUUAUUUCCUCGGUGAAGCCAGAAAAUGGGGAUUAAUUGUAUAUGAACAGGAUUGGUUAAAUGUUGAAUUCAAAACCUUAAACGCUUUGUUGACCCAAAUAGAUUUGGGUACUAUGUGGUUGACACAAAUAGCAUCAGCAGCCAAAAAGCAUGGAAUGACUAUGCAGUAUUGCAUGUCUAAUACAAAAGAAGCUAUGCAAACCUUAGAACUGCCAAUAGUAACUCAAGCGCGAGUAAGUGGUGAUUAUCAGCCUGGUAUUGAUCAAUGGAAAAUUGGUGUUUCAUCAAUAUUUGCUCAAGCAAUGGGUAUUAGACCUUUCAAAGACAAUUUCUGGACAAUUGGAAUUCAACCUGAAAACUCUUACAAUAAGACUGAAACCCACCCUGACUUAGAAGCAGCUGUUGCAACUUUAAGUACAGGACCAGUUGGUCCCAGUGAUAGAAUUGGUUACAGUAAUGUUACACUUAUCAUGAAAUGUUGUAAUACUGAUGGUUUAAUAUUAAAACCUUCUAAACCUGCUACAGCUAUUGAUGAUCAGAUUAUUCAGUCAGCUUUAGGUAGCGGAGGUCCUGAAGGUGAAGUAUGGUCAACUUAUUCUAAAAUUGGUGAAAUAUACUUUGGUAUUAUUUUAGCAGCUGACAUGUCCAAUGUUUAUAGUUUGACACCUUUCAAGGCUGGAUUUGAUACUAUUGAAGAAUUGGUGGUAUUUGAAAUGGAUAGGCCUACAACUUUAACAGUGUUCUCUAACAUUUCAACAAUAGACAUAACAACUGGUUGUACAACAGUAGAUUUCUGUUUGUAUUAUGUAUCACCAGUCCUUACUAUAGGUAACCACAAGAUAGUAAUAUUAGGAGAGAUUUCUAAAUGGGUACCAGUAUCCCCACAACGAGUAACUCAAAUAAAUCAAGAUUCUAAUGAGUUAACAAUAGAUAUAACUGGUCAACCAGGAGAAUCAGUUCCAUUCUAUUUUAAUAUUGAUGGUCAAACCAAUACUAUUAAUUGUGUAUUAGCACCAUGUGAAAAGCCCAAAUGGUAUGACUCGACUGAUGGAUUCAAUAUCAAAAUUGUUACUGAUGGUAGUUAUUCAAUCAGUAUCAAUAAUAUAACAUGGUUUAACAGUGCUCCUACAUUCUUCUUUACUGAUGGUCAUAAAUUUGUUAGUGGUAAAGAUCUGAAACUAACAACAACUACAUCUGAUUCUGGUAGCGAUAAAAUAGGACUAUGGACGAGAAUUAAUUUUUAUUAUCAAGCUGGUAGUAGUAAUAUUACAGCUUAUAUUAAAACUUACAAUGACCAUCAAAUACCGUUUGUUAUAUUUGGUCAGAAUUAUAUUAACGGUGCCUCUAAAACAUCGACUGGUAACACUGACUAUACCAUUUCAUCUUUUCCCGGGUUUACAGUCUUUGAUUAUAUACCACCUAAUCUUGGUUAUUUAUCAUACGGUGGUAUCAUGUUUGGAGAUACUUCAAAGAAAGUUGGAAAUUGGACAUUUUCAGGAACUAAUAUCAACUAUGGUAUCGAAGGAGGUCCAUUAGCUGUGUUUGAUGAGUCUGGUAAUACAGUAAUAAUAUCAUCAGCUAAUAACUUUAUGUCUACAUCAGUCUAUCAUGAAUCUGUAUUAGAUGUUGGUGGGGAAGUUCACUGGGGUACCAUGGGUUUAGUGGAUGAAGUACCAGCAGGACAUAUUGUAGAAACAGUCGUAUAUUAUAGUAAUAAAGGCAUCAAUAAGGCAUUUGAAGGCUGGGGUGAAUAUUUAAGAUACAGAUAUAAUAGACAUGACCAAUAUGUUAAAUCUGAUUUAACAAUAAAUUAUCUUGGUUAUUGGACAGAUAAUGGUGCCUAUUAUUAUUAUAAAACGGAAGAUAAUAAGAACUACGAAGAUACUAUUUUAGAUGUGAAAGCAUAUGCUGAUCAGCUUAAAAUUCCCUACAGAUAUGUACAAUAUGAUUCCUGGUGGUACUAUAAAGGAUUAUUGAAUGGGGUUAAAGAAUGGGUUUCUCGACCUGAUAUCUUUCCUAAUGGCAUGCAAUAUGUUUAUAAUAAAACAGGCCUCCUGGUCAAUGCUCACAACAGAUUUUGGUCCCCAGAUACUGUGUAUGCCAAACAGAAUGGUGGUAAAUAUGAUUUUGUGAAGGGGCCAUUGAGAGCUUUACCAAUCGAACAGAAAUUUUGGGAUGAUCUGUUUGUUGAAGCUAAGAAAUGGGGAUUGGUUACAUAUGAACAGGACUGGCUGAAUGAUGAAUUUUUAAGAUUGAAAGAAUUACAAACAGACAUAGAUUUGGGUACAACAUGGUUAAAACAGAUGGGUUCAGCAGCAGAGAAGAAUGGUAUUACUAUACAGUAUUGUAUGUCAUUAACACGCGAAGCCAUGAUCAGUUUAGAAAUUCCCGUAGUUACCCAGGCUCGAGUAAGUACAGAUUAUUCUCCAGGACAAGAGCAAUGGCGUAUUGGUAUCUCAUCAAUGUUUGCUUACGCAAUGGGAGUUGCCCCUUUCAAAGAUAAUUUUUGGACGACCACAAACCAAACUGGAAAUCCUUAUGGCAGAUCUGAACCAUAUUACGCCUUGAAUGCAGCCGUAGCAACUCUCAGUACUGGACCAGUUGGACCUAGUGAUAAAAUUGGUCGCAGUAAUGCUACAUUAAUCAUGAGAUGUUGUAAUACUGAUGGUUUAAUAUUAAAACCUUCUAAACCUGCUACAGCUAUUGAUGAUCAAAUUCUUCAGUCUGCUUUAGGUCAAGGUGGACCUAUGGGUGAAGUGUGGACAACCUAUACUAAAAUUGGUGCUUCAUGGAAUUUAUACUUCGGUAUUAUAUUAGCAGCAGAUAUUGGUAAUAUGUACGAUUUAACGCCUGCUAAAGCUGGUUUUGUUGCGUACACUAACCUAAUGGUAUUUUCUGUGAAAAAUCUUGAUGGUAUAACCGAGUUCUCUGAAGAAGCUCCUCUACGCCUUACACCAUCUUGUACCAAGGUCGAUUUUUGUUUAUUUUACAUUACACCAAUCUUUCAUAUCAAUAACCACAAGAUAGUAAUAUUAGGAGAGAUUUCUAAAUGGGUACCAGUAUCCCCACAACGAGUAACUCAAAUAAAUCAAGAUUCUAAUGAGUUAACAAUAGAUAUAACUGGUCAACCAGGAGAAUCAGUUCCAUUCUAUUUUAAUAUUGAUGGUCAAACCAAUACUAUUAAUUGUGUAUUAGGUACCAGUGGUUCAGCCCGAAUUAUCGUGCUGGGUUCAAAAUGUCUUGCGAGUUAAGAUGUAUGUUUAUGUUUAUAAAUGAUAUUGGUGUAUCUUCUGUAAUACUUUUUGAAACUAAACAUAUCUUAUUCUUU